ACAGAAGCGUUCGGAAGUGAAAUAUAUUUUAUUAAUAAUAUUAGCAGUCGAGCUGUGCCAGCUUUUUGUGCUUAUAAACUUUGACUCGUGCAAGCGCUGUCGCCGUCUGUUAGCAGCACGCAAAAUUAACAAAAGUGAAUGAAUUUACGAAAAGGCUAACCAAACCAGCUGUAAUUAAUUUUCGUUACUGCGGGUGCAAAUAUACGUUUGCGAUUUGCGGCACACAAGAAAAAAGGUGUUUGCCUUAAAGUGCGCCAUAAACUAAAAGGCAACGGCAGCAGCAGCAGCUGGAGAGACGGCCCACCCAAAACGCCUACAACAACAACAAAAAAAACUAGCAAACGGAGAAAUCACAACGCCAACAGCCAACAGCCAACGGGCAGCGAGCGUGUGACAGUUGACAAAAAAAAAGAGAAAAAAAAAGAAAAGGCCACAGCGUUGCCACAUUUCAGCAGCAGCAGCCAUAGAGAAAAAAGCGCCGUGUGUAUUUGUUAUCUGCCAGCUAGCAAUAGCAAUAGAGAUAGCGAUUACGCUUUGAGUACCGUUAACAACGUCAGGCAUUGCGCUCAUUGCACAGAGCAAAGCUCAACAACAGCAACCCCACUCGGCAACUGAGUGCAAGAGAUCGAGCACACACAUUGACAGCUACACGGAGCGAGAGAGAGAGCGUGCUUGUGUGUGUGUGUGCGAGCGAAGAGAGUGUGUCGUCGGGAGCAGCAGCAGCAGCGAAACCGACGCCAACUCAACGAAAAACUUCACCCACUGAUUGUGCGAGUACUGAGCGCGCGCGCGUCUGUCGCACGUAGGCAAAACAAAAAAAACAACAAAAAAAAAAAAGAGGGAAAAUAUUAUCGUCUGUCAAAAUGUUUGCUGUAAUGCGAAUCGACAACGAUGACUGCCGGUCGGAUUUCCGUCGCAAGAUGCGUCCGAAGUGUGAGUUCAUUUGCAAGUAUUGCCAGCGGCGUUUCACCAAGCCAUACAAUCUGAUGAUACACGAGCGCACGCACAAAUCCCCAGAGAUAACAUAUUCCUGUGAGGUCUGCGGCAAAUAUUUCAAGCAACGUGAUAAUCUGCGUCAGCACAGAUGUAGUCAGUGUGUUUGGCGAUAAGCUAAAUUAUCAUAAAUACAAUAUAUACGCAAAAAAAAAAUAGCAACACACAGCAAUAUAAAAUAUAUAAAAAACAAGAAAAAAAAAUGAACACCAUCAGAUAUCUAAGCACCGCAGCACCAACAGCAAAAACAAGAACCGCACGCAAUAUCACAAAUAUUAUAUAUUAAAGCAAUGGAAAAUGGGCAAAUGUCAUAUAGAUAGAGUUAUCGAUAUUUGCUGGUUAUCGGUAAUCGAUCGCAGCAGCAAGUACAGCCAAGCACAGCAUUAUACCACCAGCACCAGCACCAGCACCACUACCACGCCCACCGCCCACUCUCAUGCACCACACACACAAGCUUCUUCCUCUUGAUGCAUUCGUCAGCGGCAGCAUCAGCAGCAGCAGCAGCAGCUGCAACAAGUGCAACAAGUGCAACUGCAACGAUAAACAUCGGAAUGCAAUCGGGUGUUGGUAUUCGAUAAUUCGCUUAUGUUUAUUACACGGUUUGGUUGUUCUUUUUGUUCUUUUCUCUCUCAAAAUAUUAAUUAAUGGUUUUUCGAAAACGUGCACUUGCCAC